AUGGCCUAUCUCACGCUGCCGCCGGAGUUUGUUCCGGAAGCGAAAACCGUCAUCAACUGGGUCAUGUCGUUCACGCCGCUGGUGUCGUACGGAACGACCCUGCUCAGCAUCCGCCGCAAAAAAUCCUCCAAGGGUUUUUCUAUAGACAUUUGCGCGACGAUGCUGAUUGCGUCCACGCUGCGGGUCUUCUACUACGUCAACGACCCGUUCGAAGUCAGUCUUCUUAGACAGUGUUUUGUCAUGAUCUUCAUACACGUCCUUCUGCUGAGGGUGGCCAUCAAAUACAGAGACCCCACCGAGACGGCGUAUCUGCGGUACGAGGAGUCGUGGCCCGAGUUUCUCAGGUCGGCGUGGAGCGCCGUCUGGGACCCUGCGGACGAGAACUCCGUCUAUGGCGACCCACUGGAAAAAGCCUCGAACGCGGCUGUGCAGUACGCCAGACGAGCCGUUCCGGUUCUGGCAGUGGGACGAGUACUCGCAAUACAUGCAGUUUCUCGGGGGCUUGGUGCUAAGCCUGACUGCGGUCCAGCUGGUGUUUGGCAAGACCGAGUGGCUGGGGCUGGUGUUUGGGUCGUGCUCGUUUCUGAUAGAGAGCACGCUGCCCCUGCCGCAGAUCCUGCUGUUCCAGCGGUCGCGGACCGUGGAGAACUUCAAAACCAUACUUCUGCUCAGUUGGCUGGGUGGAGACCUCACGAAGAUCAGCUACCUGGUGUACGGCACAGACAACGUGGGGGUCAUCUUUGUGGUUGCUGCGGUCUUCCAGAUGAGUCUGAACUUAGUCAUCACGUACCAAUUCUUCUACUUCAAACACAUGGACACGGUCAGCUCGCGGCAGGUGAUUCCGCUAAGCCACGCAAAAGAGGAAAUCCCGAUGGACGAGGUCCGUGCUGCGGCCACAUUCUCUGCGUCGUCGAGCCGCGGCCCGUUCUCGCCGAUCUCGUCGUCGCAGUUCCCGUCUCCGGCCACCACGCCGAUCCUGAACCCGAAAAUCGACCACGCGCGUUCCAGAUCAAGCACAUUCAACGAGCACGAGGCGAAAAUCAACAAGAGUCUGCGCAAGGCGAGCCUGAGCAGCAGCAUCAACCUGGAUGCGAUGAAAGAGCAGAGUAG